GCGGGGACUGGCGCGGGGAGGGAGAAGAUGGCGGAGGCCGAGGUUUGGGUAUCUCCUAAUUGAGGAGAGUCAAAAUACUGAUUGCAAGUGAAUCCUCCUCAGUCAGCCUGUUGGAUGUCUCUCAGAACAUAAGAAGUCAUGGCAGAAAAUGAUGCAAUGCCAACCUUACCAAAAAAGUGUGGCCCAUACAUUUCAUCUGUAACCAGUCGUGGCAUGAAUUUGGUAAUUCGUGGCAUAGUGCUGUUUUUUAUUGGCGUAUUUCUUGCAUUAGUAUUAAACUUGCUUCAGAUCCAGAGAAACGUUACUCUCUUCCCCCCUGAUGUGAUCACAAGCAUCUUCUCCUCAGCUUGGUGGGUACCACCUUGCUGUGGCACAGCGUCAGCUGUGAUUGGGUUAUUGUACCCAUGCAUGGACAGACAUCUGGGAGAGCCACAUAAAUUUAAGAGAGAAUGGUCCAGUGUAAUGCGAUGUGUAGCAGUCUUUGUGGGAAUAAAUCAUGCCAGCGCUAAAGUGGAUUUUGCCAACAAUAUCCAGUUGUCUCUCACAUUAGCAGCCCUGUCAAUUGGACUGUGGUGGACGUUUGAUAGAUCACGAAGUGGCUUUGGUCUUGGAGUAGGAAUUGCUUUCCUGGCCACAUUGGUGUCACAACUUCUGGUCUACAAUGGAGUUUAUCAAUAUACGUCUCCAGAUUUCCUUUAUGUUCGUUCCUGGUUGCCAUGUAUAUUUUUUGCUGGUGGAAUAACUAUGGGCAAUAUCGGCAGGCAGCUGGCAAUGUAUGAAUGCAAAGUCAUUGCAGAGAAGUCUCACGAGGACUGAGGAGAAACAAUAUGCACCUUUUAAACAGGAAAAUAUCUGACAAAUGACUGUUGGAGGAGCAUAAGGAACACUUGACUAUGAAAUUGCCAAAAUGCAAUUUUUUUUUCCCUUGAGUGGUAUACUUUACUGCAAUCUGUGAUUGCUGCUUCUAUAGAAACCUUGAUGUCUGAUUUUGAUUACUGUGAAGUUACGAUAGUAUGCAAUACAUUUGACAAUAUUGGUUCAAUCAUAGGAUUCUUUUUUCCAAAUCUAAACUCAGUUUACCAUAAAUUCUUGUCUGUCCAUAAUGUUGCAGUGCCAAACUGAACCUUUGCACUACGUUUCUGUAGCUGAAACUUCUUGCUUCACUUUAUCUUGAAAGUUUUGAGGAAUUUGUUCUUAAUAGCUCAGUGAAAGACAGGGAAUUCAAAUUUAGGACUGAAGAUCUUCUCUUUCCAUGAUGAUAGCCCGUAAUAUCUUUAUGAAAUUCAUGGAUUACAGGUGAGCUUUGAUGCAAUAAGUAACUGAUUUCUGCCUGUUAACACACUGUAUCAUUCUUCUUACUCACAUCACAGGUGAGGAAACUUAAUAGGGAUUGUAUGGGUUAUUGCUGUAGCAUUUCAUUUGUCUGUGGUACGUGCCCAGUAUCACAGAAUACAGAAAUGGAAACCGAGGCUGGAAAUGAUUUGCUAUUUUUUCCCCUGGUACAACCAGUAUACAUGUUUGUGUAUGAAUUUAUGGGGACCAUCAUCAGAUGUGGACAGAUUCUGAAACUACUUGUUGUGUUGAGUAACGGGAUACAAUUCGGGUCAUUCUUGUACAAUCCCUUAAGCUGACUUGUGUUGAUCCCUUAUUAAAAAAAAAUCUUAGGGAGUUUUUAUUGCGAAACUUAAUUCUGCUGAACUAAAUCGGCCACUACCAUAUAGUGUCAUAAAACCCUCCAUUACCAAUGUUACUCUUGAUAGUUCUUGUCUACUACCUGCUCUGUUCGCAGGGAUCAGCAGAAGGAGGCAAGGCUGUAUUUUAGGUACUGAUGUAGGCCUUAUUGCUGUGACUAUGGUCCAGGCAACCAUAAAUGCAUUUGUUCUUAUAGCAAUUUUCUGAGGUGGAGAAAUACGGUUACCCCUAUUUUACAGGUGCCUAUGCACAGAAAGUCUGAUAGGGCAGAGAGCUGAAAUAGGCUGUGUGCUAAUCGGUUCCCUUAGGAAGAAGUAUUUUAGUGUGUGACCCAUAUUUGGGGGCACACGUGGAAUUUCCUCUUGGCUUUGCAGCUCCAUUUUAAGACCAUGAGAUAAAAGAACUUGUGCAAGAAGGCAGAAAGCAGGCUUCAAGAGGACACUGCUAACCUCUGCCAGCAGUGAAUUUGGCAUGGGAUGUCUCUGCUUUGUUUUCCCCUUCUGUCUCUAUGUUGAUGAUGUUUUAAUGUAUUUGUUUUCCUUUUUUGUCUUGAAGUACUAUUUUUCAAAUCCUUCUUGAAAGGUUUAUCGUGUUACAGUCGCCUAGGGAGGCUGGAGUUGGUCCAAAGAACAAAUAGAUGUUUAGACAAGUUUUUAUUAAUAAAUGUGUGUGUGCAUUGUACACAAAGCUUGAAAUAGGCAACUCUUUUUCAGUCUUAUAUGCUUAUCUCUAAGUCUGAAAAGUAUGCAAUGGAGUGCUUCCAAAAGCAUUGUAACAAAAGAUGUGGUCACAAAAGGAAAAUUUCUUGAAUGGGGGAGUGUAAAAAUAAUAAAUAAGCAAAUGAUGUAUAAAGAGCUUGGUUCUGCAGCUCUGCAAAGUUUCAUCGGCUUAUCACGGUUCCAUGACAAUUCAAGACCUGAAGCACACUUUCAUUGGGUAAUGUUUCAGGAAGGCACUUACAGAUGCACUUUGCUUUAAGCAGAGGUAGAAUGUGUUUAAGUAGAUCCCUGGCUAGAGAUUUUCUUUUAAUCAAACCAUACGGCAAUAAGAAGCAUUUUAUUAAUAAAACCAAGAAACUGUUAGGGCAUGAACUAAGGGUGAGUUUCUUUAGGCAGGCUCUGGCAUUUCACUGAAGGAGCUGUUGGGUCCCUUUCCGUACAGUAUUUUGCCUCAUCCGCCUUCUUUACUUAAACAAAUGGCUUCAGCUUGGUGGGCAGUGUGAUGAGUCCCUCUUGAAUUAUCAGGGCAUGAACAGCAUAAAAAUUGAGAUGUUUCUUAUCUUAACUGUAGGGAAUAACAUGGUACCUCAGUAGCCAGUGUGCUGACUUGGUUUCAUUUGUGAAAUUUAGUUUCAUCAUGACCAGUAAGUGUAUACAACUGGAGAUGAGUAGUUUUUAUUAUUGACUUGGUGGUAGAACUGCUUUUACCUGCCAGUCUAAAUAUUUACACAGAAGAAGCCUUGUGUAUGUUAAAAUGUGCAGUAUGUGAGAAGUGGUUGUUGGGCAUCUGUGGCACCCACUUUACAACACUUCGCACUCGGAUUCAUCUAAAGCUGAUUAGACUGUGCUGUUCACUAACUUCUUUUAAAUUUCAUUUUGGAAAUUUUGAGCAUGUUGUGCAAAGGCGGCAAUCAUCCAAAAUAAAUUUGGGUGGAGUCCUUUAUAUGUGUUUUACUAUUUUUGUUCUUAUUUGACUAAAGUCAAUACAGGAUUCACAUCUUGGAUGUCAUAUUUUUUCAAACUGCAUUGUAAUUUUAUGGCUGAUGUGUUCAAAUCCUGAAAAAGGUUCAUGAUGAGAAUGCUGACACAGCCUUAACUAUAGUGGUGUGAACAUGCUGCUACUGUAUAGCGUGUAAUUAUAACAUUAGACUGUCUUAAAAAUGUUGUUCAAUAGAGAAUGAAUAAGGUAUAUUUUAGAUACAACUUUAUAAGCACUAUAACCUCUUCACUAAUUAAGCAUUGUAAGGUCUAUGCUGUUUAAACUGGCAAAUUGCUGUUAAAAGCAAAAUGUGCAUUAAAUACAAUUACA